UCGCAUGUAAUAAAAAUAACUUAGAGAAACGUCACCAACUUGUUCAAUUUUUGUGGUAGGAUUUUAUUAGAUGACAAAAAUUUGACAGCAGUAUGUAACUCCUGAGUGUCCACUGGAAAUAUAACAGUUAAUGCUGAGUGUAGGGUUUGGUUAUUUGAAGAAAUAUACAAUUUUGGUGCACAUAUGAUAUUAUCUUGUAAGAUAAUUCACCUAUCUAGGCUAGGCUAGGCCUACCUACGUAGACGCCUGGGCAGUCGGCCGACUAACAGACUUUUUGCGGUUCGAAAUUGAUCUGCGUGUGCAUCGCUUACACAGUGUGUUAUAAUACGCUAGGUAGUAGUAGGCCUAGCUUUGCCUGAAUCACAACUUCCAGUCGGGAUUUCGAUGGUACUAGAAGACUUUUACCUAUUUGAGUAUAAAUGAAUAUAGACUUUUAAGCUUUCUUUUUUGAUAAUUUAUUAAUCCAUCGCAUGAUCUAUAAAAAAUGAUGAAGAAAAAGAAAUUUAAAUUCCAAGUGAAUUUCGAGGUUUGCCAACUGGACUCUAUUCCGUUUGUUAAUUGUGUACUGUUUGCUAAAGUUCGAUUACUCGAUGGAGGUACAUUUUCAGAAUUGUCUGCAAGAGAGGAAGUUAGAAACAAUUCUGUACAUUGGGGAGCAAAGUUCAAGUUCAACUGUAAGAUGAAUGCCAAUGCUACUACUGGUAUAUUGGAGAGUUGUUGUUGCAGAGUUUCAAUACGAAAGGAAACCAAAGGUGGGAAAUCAUUCAUGAAGUAUGGAUUUGUUGACUUGAAUUUGGCAGAGUUUGCUGGAGCAGGUUGUGUGAGUCGACGUUGUUUAUUAGAAGGCUACGAUUCUAAAAUACGGCAAGACAAUAGUACUGUCAAGGUCAAGAUUGAGAUGUCUCUGUUGUCAGGUGACUCGGUAUUCAAAGCGCCAUCUCAACAGGCCACGACAUCAUUGCUUCAAGAUGAUGGGGAUGAAACGUUGCAACGUAGUAUUAAAGGAGAUACAAGCAGUUCUGUGGUUACUGGUCAAUUUGGCAGCAGUGGAAGACAUACUACGAAACAAAGACCCAGUGUCUUGAAUUCUGGUCUGGUGCAAAUAUCUACGACAGAGCCGGAAAUUAAAUGCCUACCAAGUGAAGAAGAAUUUCUACAGAGUCAUUCUCGUAGCUCAAGUUACAAUAGCCAUGAAAGUCAGUGUGGAAGCCAGCAAUCUAAAGGCAGCGGGUACAGUAGUGCACAUUCACGGUCCUCAAGCCUUACAGAGCAUUUCUCUAGUGCCACAAGCUUAACGGAACCGAUGCCAGAAAAGGAUCAAGGAGGCGGUGCAAGAGAGUCUGGUUCAUGGUCAGGAUCAUGGAGAGGCGUUGGAUCCAAUGAGAGGAGAAGAAAACAUCCUGAAGAACUCAAACAACAGAAGAGAGUUGAUGAUACUAGAUUGGAUGCAGAUGAGAUUGUCGAAGAAUUAAUCAAUAAACAGGAUUUGGAAGCAGGAGGUGUUGCAGAAGAGAUGGGUUUACAUUUAUUUAUUGCCAAAGAUGGUUCCACAGCUCUAGGAAGCCAGCGACUUAAGGACAGAAUGUCAGAAGGAGUGUUUGAAAAAGUAGUGAUAGAUCAAAGAUAGUGAAGAUGUCAUUGACAGAGCUCACAGGCAGCCAGCUAAGUUAUUCUACCUGAAUUUGUUGUACAUUGUAGAACAAAGCAAAGUUCAAUUAUCACCAAGAAUGCAUAUCAUGAAAUAUAUCAGCAGAGCUGUACCAUGAAACAAACAAUACAACCUGAAGAGUUAAGGAAGACUUGAGCGAAAUUAUAAUCGAUGAUCUAGAACAUACUUUCCAUAUUUCCAUUGUACCUGAUUAUACAAAUUAACAUUUUCCUCCAAUAUGUUACUGUUAAAAUAAUUAUAAAUAGUAUUGUAAUACUAAUAUAAUGUCUUACAGUUUAAUGUGUCUAUGUCUAUGGCAAAGUGUAAGACAAACACAGAAACAAUGGUACAUUAUUUUCUGCAUUUUACAGUUUUUUUGUUUAAAAAUAUCAUCACAACUAUACAAUGAAUGGAACUAAAGGUUAUUUAAUACUUAAAAAUGUGUCACCAUAAUUAAACAAAAUUAUUUAUUUUUUACUGUAAAAUAUAACUGGUUAAUUAAGGUAAUUAACUUGAGUGCAUUCCUGCCAUAGAGUACUUACCUCCACGCACCCUGUGUCUGAAUGCCGAAUAAUACACACAAGGCAUGUAUGGAUGAGACAAGUCAUCAUCAUCAUCAAUUUAGAGUCUAUUAUUAUUCCGUGCAAGUGAUUAUUAACAACUCCCUGCUUAAGGUGUAGGUUACAGAAAACUUUCCGAAUUUCUGUGAUCAUGACAUUUUCAUUUGACCUGACUCCAAAAUUUAAUCACCUCUUCCUUAAAGCUAUAUGUACCCCUCCACACACAUUUCUGCCGAUCCAUUCAUUAGUUUUUUUUUGUAUUUUUUUGUUGUACUUCUAACAAACUAACAGAUAAACUGUGAUGAAUACAUAACCUCCUCGGCAGAAGUAAUUAUCACACAUAUGGUUUGUAACACUAUAUAAUAUCUUUAGGCAAUGAAAAUCAACAAGUGUUAAAAGAAAUAACACACUAUGAAAAUGCAGAUGACAAUGUGAAGCUUGGUUUCCAUACAAUCGCUACAUGCCGCUUUCAGUGAUACUGAUUGGUCGGUCAAAUCUGGGAGCCUUCCCGAUCGCGUCGGGGGCUGCUACGCAGCAAAACGAUUGCACUGAAAACACUGCAUCGACAGUGUAGCGAUUUUAAGGAAACCAAGCUUAGCCAUAAUAUUGUUUUAUGUCUUAACCUUUAUCACAUACAUGCACUCUUUGUACUAUAAUAUUAUUCUGGAAUAUGUAAAAUCAUAUAAAUGUUUGUUGAUACUAUGAAUAACACAUAAUUUUAGCAAUAGUAAGUGGCAUUGCUGGUGCAUAUGCAGUGAAUGAAAUAAAAAAAAAAGAAUGAAACCUAAUCUCAACAUUAUUUUUUUUUUUUUUUUUUUUUUAAGUAAUUGGUAAUUGUGACAGAAAAAGCGGGACUAAAAUUUUCAUUUUUUUUUUUGGUAUUAUUAUUAGCUCAGCAGCCAUGACAUGUAAUUAAAUACAUUAAGGCUACAAUAGCAUUCACACCAGAAAGCUAUAGUGUACUACAAUUACAUGAGUGCAAGGGCUUUAAUAGCAUAUUUGGUGCCAUGAAAUAAUGUGCAGAUGUUGAUUUCUUGUUUUGUUAAGCACCAUUUUUUUUAUGUGUGCUGGCUUGAACCAAAGUCAAAUAAUGUGUACAAGCAAGCUCUAACCAUAUCUGGUGAUUUUAGGUCAAGUAUCUUACAAUUUAUGAAGUAAAUUAACAAUGCAUAUGUACAUUUGAUUUAGUUUGCUGUAAGUGUGGAAAGUAAAGAUUGUUUAUAGUUGUUGUGAUCACUCUUAGAAGAAUGGUUGACAGUUUGUGUUUUUUUUUUAUAUAUAGCUGCAGAGUAUUUUAUUUUUGAGUUUGGAAUUGUGAAUUUGAUUAUUAUGUACAAGUAAUAUACUGCCAGUUCAGUGUUAAUAAUCCAUAUUUGAAUCAGGAUAUAUAGUAUUAUUUAGUAUUUACUAUAUCUUAUCUACCAACAUUUUAUAUAAUUACUUAUUGAUCAUGAUAAAAGUAUUUGUUCAUAACAUGUGUUGUACAUUACUCUACUAAACUGGUUAAAUUGUACUUCGCAUAAGUUAACUGAUUUGUAUAGUCAUUUGGACAUUAUAAUUGAUACAUAAGUGUUAUAUAGUUGGGUAAAAUGUGCAAUCUGUAACUCAAUACCUACUACACAAUUAAUAUGAAUUACAGAAAAAUAGUAAGAUUAUGAUGUAAGAACAUGUUCUGUUGAAACAGUUAGCAUCUUAUUUCAUUUAGUGGUAUUUUGAUGAUUUAAGAGAUGAAAGAAAUGUUUAGAAUGUGUUUUACUCAAUACGUUUUCUUCACCUAGUUGUAGAAAUUUUACGAUGUAGACUAAUUAGUUGUUUUAUUAAUUCAUAAAUACAUUGUAUAGAUACUACAUAAGGUAUUGAAGUAUUAAGAGGAACGGUGUGUACUAAGUGUAUGUUAAACUAUAUAGAGAAUGAUGAAAAAUGUAGUCCAUAGAAAGUAUAGUUCCAAUAAUGAAUAAUUACUUUAUGGUUGGUGGAAAGUAUGUAUACGUAUAAUUAUUUUAAGAGCUGCUGAUGCAUCUUCAUUAGUGAUGCAAGGGUGUACCAUUCAUAAAACCUUGUUAUUCAAUAUUAAUUUUGAUUGAAGAUGAUAUGAAGUAUCUCUCAAUUUUAGAGAAGUUAGUAUUUCCCUAUCAGGAUUAAAGUCAAUAUAUUUUCUUUUUAUUCUUAGCACCUUUAUGUUAUCCAUGCUAAUUUCUAUUUCAUAUAAUUUAUUAAUAUGUACUGUAGUAUAGAGUUGAUCUUGAAGUCAAAUCCAAAAUGGCAUUGAAAAACUGUUCAAUUUAGAUACAGAUUAUUAAUUAAUAGAAAACACAACAAUUUUGAUAUGUAAAAUAAGAUCAACUAAGAAAUUAUUCAAGUGAGGCAAAGUGAACAUAGGCAAGUUUUAAUGUAGUACAUUGAUGAAAUUUAAAGGUUGUCUGUAAUGAAAAUUCCUGGCAGCAUCACUAACUUUGUCUUAAAAUUUAGUUGGUAAGGUACCGUAAAUUAUCAAAUAGCACCUCUUUAUUAAUAUGCAAAGCUUUGGAAUAUGCCCAACGCAUAUUUGAAAGCAGCGCUUAUUAGAAUAUUCUAUGUAGAAAAAGCAUUGCGGUGCUUAAUCAAUAGUACAUAUUACCCAGUGUCACGUGUGCCUUGGUAUUCUGUAUGGGUAACUGAUUUCGUAUGGAGUAAAUAUUACUGACAUUGUAUAAAAUGUCACAUAGGCCAACGUACAAUACAUGGUACCAAUUCAAAAGGAGAAGGUACGGUAUUUACAUGGGAAACACUAUGGUGAUGUGGAGCAAGCAUCACCUACGAAUGUGUACCUUGAAUAAGGGCUGCACUGGAAAAUCUGUAUAAGCAUCGCAGUUCAUUUGAUUGUUUACGGUAAAUGAAUGAUAAUUGAGGUUUUGGGUCCAAACCCUGAUGUGGAAAAAUACUGUAUGUAUCAAAAAUUCAUAGGUGGUGAUACACUGUAUGUCAUUCAGAAAUUAUGUUUGUCACAGUAUUUUGCUGAUCACAAAUUUUUUUUUUUUUGGAGUAUAUCAUCAUUCUAAUGUAAUUAAUUAUUAAACUGAAAGAAUAAGAAGAAGCAAGUACAACUUGAUUUUGAUGAUGCCAAUUUUCUUCCAUGUUUUUGUUUGCAGGAAUUGCUGGCAAAUUUGCAAACUUAACAAAUUCAACAUAUUGUGAUAUGUGCAACUAAUAGCAACAUUUUGUUUUUUUAAUUGUGGCUUAUGGGCAUAACUGAUAUUAAUUUUUUGUACUUUGCUACUUAAAACUUGUGCUAUUUUUCAGAAUAAGAAAAAUAUAUAGAAACAUUUAUUCAUAUCAUAUAUAGUUUCUUCCUUAGAUAUCGUUGACAUUUGUAAAAUGUUGGUUUCGGUUUCCAUGGUGACUAGUUAGAAUUGAAAAUACUGUAUGAAGAAAAAAAAGUUUAAUUUAAAAAUCGAAUAAUGUACUAAAUGUUUUCUUUUAUAUUUCUUAUCUCUCUUAAAUACAUUUUUUUAGUUUUAUCUUCAUCAUUAGAUCUUUUCUAAUUUCAUAUGUUUUGUAUUUAGAACAGUGAAGUGUGUUUAAUGUUACUGAUGUUUUAAUUGGACAUAUUUAUUUACUUUUAUAAAUGUCCAUAACAGUUUCCAGAUGAAUUUUUUUUUCUACCUUUAUGAUACAGAAAUUACCACAAUGCAAACAGUAUCACACCAUAUUAAAGCUUGUUAUUGAACUGUUUGAGCUGGGAAUACACUUUCAGAUUACAGUCUGAUGAAUUGUCUGAAAGAAAACAAAAUACACAUGAUUUGUUUGAUUUGAUGUCUCAACAGACAUAAUAUUGAAGCAUGCUGUGUAUUCCUGGCUUGAAAAUAAACCAAGACACCAAAGUACACAUGAUUUGUUUGAAUUUGAGGUCUGAACAAACAUUAAAGUCUGCUAGUGUGUUCCUAGCUUGUGUUCCUAGUGUGUUCCUACCAUGACAUCAAAAUAUACAUGAUUUGUUGUGUUUGAUGUCUAAUCAAACAUAAUAUUGAAGCCUGCUAGUGUAUUCCUGGCUUGAAAAUAAACCAUGAGCAAAUUAAAGAUAGAAAGUAGCCAGGUUAGUGCUAUAAUGUUAUUGUGGUUCAUGGUAAUGACUGGUUUUGAGGGGGUGGAAUUAUCUGUGACAUAUGGAACAGAAAUGGGUUUAGCAACAGUCGGUGUAAGUCAGUCUUUUAGCUCCAUGCUUUAUUAUUGCUUCAUGAUUAAAGUAGUUCGAAUAUGUUUACAUGUUGUAUGAUUUUAAGUUGAUCUUCCAGACUUUGUGUGGUUGUUUAAUUUUUAAUUGCUUUCAGAUAUUUUACACUGCAUUUAAUUUGUACCAUAUUUUGGUCUGAUGUUUUUGCACUCUUUUUCUAUUUUCUGAAUUUUUCUAUUUUAAAAUGAUGUUCAGAUGAUUGGAAUAAAAAUAGAAAUUCAGUCCUGCUUAUUUAUUUACAGUAUUAUACUAUAAUCAAUAAUGUAACUUUAGUUGUUUCAAUAGUAAUAAUAUGUGACUAACUUGAAAUCUGUAGAUCGUAUUGAUAACAUAAAUUAAUAAAAAAUGAAGAUUAUUCAGGAUGUAAAUUCUGGAAACUCUGACAUCGUAAUCUCUGUGAUACUUCGUUUGUAGUUGAUUGCGAGAUGUGAAAUAUUCUUAUUUAUGCUGUAAAUUAUUUUCUAUAAAAUUAAGGCUAUAGAGUUGUCAUCACUUUGUAACUUAUAUAAUAAAAUUGAAUAAAUGUAUCUUCAUGUGAUUACUGUA